GGUUUUCCGUCCAGGAGAGCUCCGGGCCAGAGGAGAGGCUGAGCGGCCGAUCUUUGACUGACCAGUGACCAGGGGACAGGCGGCUUGAAGGCAGGGCAGGAUGGUCUGGGGUGGCGGGCCGUCUUCCCCGAGGGAUUCCUUGCUGAGCGGACUCUGCUGGGCCGUGCUGCUCUGGGCCGUGGGAGGACUGACCUCCGCUCAGUCUGACAACAACGAAGGAUGUGAAAUCCCUAUCACCUGUCGGGUUUACAACGUCACCUUCAUGAAUUGCACUUGGGAUAUCGCUGAGGACAAAGACAUACAGCAUUACCUGUACAUAGAACCUUCCCAGGAAUGUUUGACGUACACCACCGAUAUUCAAGGACGGAACGUCGGAUGUCACUUUGAUAACGUACCAAAAGAACAGAAGAUUUAUUUUCUCAUGGCAAGCGUGAGGAACGAAACGGCAGAAUGGAUGAAUAGAACGUUUACAGAAAUGAUGGAUGAAUAUGUUCGCUUUUCAGAAAUUUUCAAUCCACCGAGGAAUAUUACUGUGAACUGCUCUGAAUCCAAUUGCCUCAUAUCCUGGCACGAGCCAGAAAGCAGAAGAGCACUACAAGCGUAUUACUUCGGCUUUGAAAUCAGUAUCCUGAAAAAGGUUGGCAAUUCCUCAGAGAAAGUUGUCACGUCAACUGAGUCAGGUCAUCAAACGGAGACCUUCUACAACUACAACAGUUACGAUCGACGAUUCAAGUAUAUUCUGCGAGUGCGUGCGGUCUAUGAUCGGAGUCCCCUAGUUAAGGGCAUUUGGAGCGAUCCCAUAGAGUUUGGUUCCGGAGAGCAGCCUGGGAGCCCGUGGUUGGUCUGGGUGCUGGUGGUCUUUGGGAGCCUUGUGUUCGCCCUGGGCAUCAUCUGCCUCUGGAAAAGUCUUGUGCUGAAAAGAUUGUUUCCUCGGGUUCCACAAAUAAAGGACAAGAUCAGCGACUUUGCCCAGCCACAGAACAGCCACAUCAUCUGGGAGGAAUUCAAACAGUCGCCGGAACAGUGCGAGGUCGAGUUGAUCCGGUCCCAAGGGCCAAAGGCUUAACGUGGAGCCCGGGCCCGGGAGUCAGACCACCUGGGUUCUCGUCCCGAGUCCUCCCCACGUCUGCUGUGUGACCCUG